UGCAAGUGUAGGCAGGUGCACAGAAUUACAAAAACGCUGUAUUUAGAUUUGGUCAUCAGUUAAGUGCGAUGAAUGUUUACCCCUGUUCCGGAUGACUCACAUUGGGGCACUUUAUUUGAUGACGGCUGAUUACAGACUGUAAAAUUAUAUUAUUCUCAAUCAAGUAUUUGUGGACGGCUAUGCUGCCUGUAGUGGUGGUGCACGGAGGCGCUGGUCAUGUUCCCAAAGAAAGAGCUGAACUCUCUACUAUUGGUGUAAAGGAGGCAGUCAGGACUGGGUAUGCCAUCCUCCAGAAAGGUGGAAGUGCCAUGGAUGCUGUGGUUGAAGCAGUGGCCCUGAUGGAGAACAACCCGAGAUUCAAUGCAGGUCGGGGAUCAGUGCUAAAUGUGAAUGGGGAGGUGGAGAUGGAUGCAAUUGUAAUGGAUGGCAGGACUCUAGAAAGUGGAGCUGUUUCAGCGGUCCGAAGAAUUGCUAACCCAGUGCAACUUGCCAGGCUCGUCAUGGAGAAGACCACACACUUGUGUCUGACAGCUGAAGGGGCCUCUAAGUUUGCCAGAAGCAUGGGUGUACCGGAAGUGCCUGAGGAGUCAUUGAUCACAGACUAUGCCAAGAUGCGCUGGAAGAAGAAUCUGCAGCCAGAUGCCAACCCUGUGGAAUGCCAAAUGGGCAAGAUGGGAACAGUUGGUGCCGUAGCUGUGGACAAAGACGGGAACAUUGCUUGUGCCACAUCCACUGGUGGAAUGAUAAAUAAAAUGGAGGGUCGUGUGGGAGACACUCCGUGUGUUGGGUGUGGGGGCUAUGCAGAUAACAAUAUUGGGGCCGUCUCACCCACAGGCCAUGGGGAAGCUAUCAUGAAGGUCACGCUGUCUAGACUCAUUCUCUUCCACAUGGAGCAAGGCAAGACCCCAGAGGAAGCUGGUGACCUGGCCCUUACGUAUAUGAAGGAGCGAGUGAAUGGUCUUGGUGGGGUGGUGGUGGUAGAUCCAAAAGGAACCUGGGCAGCUCGGUUCAGCAGUUUACAGAUGUCAUGGGCCGCUGCCCAGCAGGGCGAACUCCACCAUGGACUAAAUCGUGGCGAACACUUUGUUGAGCCUGUAUAAA